GCUCCUAGAAAUGGAACCCAACUUGGGUCAGGGAUGGGAGUGGAUUUGACUUGUCCUUUUGGCGUCUCCUCAGCCUGCGGAGCCCAGGCCUCUUGGAGCAUCUUUGGGGCUGACGCCGCGGAGGUUCCGGGCACACGGGGCCACUCCUGCCAGGAGGCUGCCAUGCCCCACAUUCCCGAGGACGAGGAGCCCCCUGGAGAGCCACAGGCAGCCCAGACUCAGAGCUCAGAGGCUAAAGGCCCUCACACUGCAGAAAUAUCCUGCAGUCCACCUACCAUCAUCCUGACUGGGGAGGCCAGUUCACCAGAAGGAGAAACUGAUAAAAACCUAGUCAACAGAGCUCACAGUCCCCAUAGGAGGCUUUCUCACCGAAACUUGAAGGUUUCCACUGUUUCACUGACUUCUGUGGACCCUGCAGGGCACAUUAUUGACCUGGUACAUGAUCAGCUGCCAGAUAUCAGCAUCUCAGAGGAGGACAAAAAGAAAAACCUGGCACUGCUGGAAGAAGCCAAGUUGGUGAGUGAACGAUUCCUGACUCGCCGCGGGAGGAAGUCCAAGAGCUGCCCCGGAGACUCCCAGUCAGCUGUUGCCUUGAACCUCAGCCCCGGAGCUUCUCCCGCAUCCUCUCAAAGCAACUCGCUUACUGUUCCCACGCCGCCUGGUUUGGAUGCAUGCAGUGGCCCAGAGUCUCCUUUGCUUGGAGCACCACCAAAGCAGAAGGGGGAUGAGGCCGAAGUCUCUUCACCUCAUCUUGGCGAGCCUAAUGUCUCCAAAGGGCUAGCUGACCGGAAGCAGAAUGACCAGAGGAAAGUGUCUCAGGGCAGGCUGACUCCUCGUUCUCCCACAACUGAGAAGUCCAAAGAAAUUGCAAUUGAACAAAAGGAAAACUGUGAUCCCCUCCAGUGCUCUGAGGCCACACACAAGGGCUCAGCUUCCAGCAUAGGCAGUGGUGGGAAAAUGGCCUUGAAUAGUCCUCAGCCUGGUCCUGCUGAAAAUGACCUGGGAAAGGUGCUUCUGAAGACGGCCAGGGAGGGCAACCCUCUGCCUAGAGGUCCAGCCCAGGGUUCUGGAGGGGCAGCUCCCCUGGCCCCCCAGGAAAAAGGUACAGCUGGAGAGCCGACAGGGUCAAAGUUUGGCUCCAAAGCUGAGCUGCGGUCCCCUGCUUCUCGGCCACCCCUAUUGAGGGGGGUCUCCUGGGACAGUGGUCCUGAAGAACCUGGCCCCCGGCUGCAGAAAGUGCUUGCCAAGCUGCCUCUGGCAGAGGAAGAGAAGCGUUUUUCGGGCAAAGCUGGCAGCAAGCUGGCCAAGGCGCCUGGACUCAAAGACUUUCAGAUACAAGUGCAGCCAGUGAGGAUGCAGAAACUGACUAAGCUCCGAGAGGAGCACAUCCUGAUGAGAAAUCAGAACUUAGUGGGGCUCAAGCUUCCAGACCUUAGCGAAGCAGCUGAGCAGGAAAAAGGGCUCCCUUCUGAACACUCCUCAGGUAUUGAGGAAGAUGAGUCAAAGAGUGGCUUGGAUGUCAUGCCCAAUAUUUCUGACAUGCUGCUGCGCAAACUGCGGGUCCACAGAUCUCUUCCUGGAAGUGCCCCUCCGCUCACUGAAAAGGAAGUUGAGAACGUGUUUGUACAACUGUCCUUGGCCUUUAGAAAUGACAGCUACACUCUGGAAUCUAGAAUUAACCAGGCUGAAAGGGAACGUAACCUGACAGAAGAGAACACAGAGAAGGAACUGGAAAACUUCAAAGCUUCCAUUACGUCCUCAGCUUCACUAUGGCACCACUGUGAGCACCGGGAGACCUACCAGAAACUGCUGGAGGACAUUGCUGUCCUGCACCGCUUGGCUGCCCGCCUCUCCAGCCGAGCUGAGAUGGUGGGGGCCGUCCGCCAGGAAAAGCGUAUGUCAAAGGCAACAGAGGUAAUGAUGCAGUAUGUGGAGAAUCUGAAGAGGACGUAUGAGAAGGACCAUGCAGAGCUCAUGGAGUUUAAAAAACUUGCAAAUCAGAAUUCAAGCCGCAGCUGCGGCCCCUCUGAAGAUGGGGUCCCUCGAACAGCGCGGUCCAUGUCCCUCACACUGGGAAAGAACAUGCCCCGUCGGAGGGUCAGUGUUGCAGUGGUUCCCAAGUUUAAUGCCCUGAACAUGCCUGGCCAAUCUUCCAGCUCAUCACCCAUCCCCUCCUUACCAGCCCUGUCAGAAUCAACCAAUGGGAAAGGCAACCUACCUGCCACCUCAGCACUGCCUGCACUUUUGGAAAAUGGAAAGACAAAUGCAGACCCAGAUUGUGAAGCCUCUGCUCCCAUGCCAACUUUGAGCUGCGUGGAGAUUAGCCAGGAGACCACGGCCAGGAUGGAGGAAGAAGCUUACAACAAGGGAUACCAGGAAGGUCUAAAGAAGACCAAAGAGCUUCAAGACCUGAAGGAAGAGGAAGAAGAACAGAAAGGUGAGAGUCUUGAGGAAGCUGAAGAGGCAGAAGAAACUGAGGAAGAGGAAAAGAACCAAAGAAGCAGCAAACUUGAAGAAUUGGUUCAUUUCUUACAAGUCAUGUAUCCCAAACUGUGUCAGCACUGGCAAGUCAUCUGGAUGAUGGCCACAGUGAUGCUGGUCUUGACUGUUGUGUUGGGACUCUACAGUUCCUAUAAUUCUUGUGUGGAGCAGGCUGAUGGGCCCCAUGGGAGAUCAACUUGCUCGGCAGCCCAGAGGGACUCGUGGUGGAGCUCAGGACUCCAGCAUGAGCAACCUGCAGAGCAGUAGGAAACCUGACACCCAGUCAGUGCCCUGCUCCAGCACAUAGCUGACUGCUCUUUUCCCAAGCAUAUGUUUCAGGCCAGUUGUGGGCAUGCUGGCACCAGCCUAUCAGGAAAUAAGCAGGGUUCUUUCAUACUCAGCAACCGUGUGGGAGCUAUGCAUACACAGUAACUGAUGUUUUUGGAGGAUCAACAAAACUGCCCUGGGAACACUUCUGGCGGAUGAAGUCACCUUCACCAAGGAACUCUAACAGAAGGGAAAGUCAUCUGCCCCUAGCUCAGAUGGCAGGGGGAAAUAAAACACCUUCACUGCAGAAAACAGUAAGAAGUUCACUCUCCCUCCCCUUUUUCCUCUCUGUAGUCAGAAAUCAAGAAGAAUUAUGCCCAAAGGCUAACUCUGACUUUGAGGAUCAGACCUAGAAUUUGGAGUCAACAUGAAUAUCAUCCCAUUUCCCAUCUCAUUCUCACUGACUCUUCUUCAGCCUCCCUGCCUCCCCUUUGGAACCAGAGUUUCUCUUUACAGAAGUAGAGAAGGUUUCUCAGAAAAAUAUUUAGGCUGAAUUUAGAUCAGUGCUUGAAAUGAAAUGGGAAGAUGUGAGUUAACAUAUAUGCAUCUGUAUGCACACACAGCACACACAUACACACAGCAUGCAUGUGCAUGAAGCCAACAACCCUCCAAACGUGUGCUCUAGGUGUGUGUUCUGGAUAAAACAACCCACAGAUUUUUCACUAGGUGUGAGGCAGUCACCAGGCACCUGUUCAAUGAGCUCUCCACAUUGAUUUAAGAUGUUUGAAGACACUGAAAACUCAUGGCUGCAACAGUGAACUUGGUGGUCGCCAUUUCAAGUGCUAAUUCUAAGCUGUUGUACAACAGUCUAUUCCCUAUUUGUCCUCUACCAUUGAGAACCCACCUCUCAUGUGUGAUUUCAGCCCUCGUGUGCCCACAACCACAUGUGCAGUUGCACCUUAGUGCUUCAGUUCAAAUGGGUUUCCAACCCAAGUACACAUUUCAGAGCAUUCUAAUUGUUCAGCAUAAAACUGAGGGAGCACAUCCCAUUUCCAAUUUGACUUCUUGCUCCACCUUUACAGCCACUGCCUUCAUUCAUCCCUUAUCAGUUUUGAGGGGUGUUGGUUUCUUGUGGGUUUUAUUGUUCUGCUCUUGUUUUUGUUUUGUUGUUGAUGUUGUUUGUUUUGUUGCUAACACUCAUAUAGAACUUACUAUGAGCCAAACACUGUUCUAUGUA